UGUCAGGAGCUCAAGGCUACGUUUUUCCUCAAGCUUUGAAAUAAAUCACAAAGAACUCUGUCCCUCCACAUUAAGUUCCCACUGUACAACUUCAACACACACACACACACACACACACACAGAGAGAGAGAGAGAGAGACCUCCCACAUCCUCGUGCAUGCAUAAAGGUUUUCACAAGUCCCCACCGUUAACCACUGCAUGAGGGCACCAAAGCACCUGGCAAGGGAAACAAUUAGAUCGUAAAAGUGAAAAUCUUAAGUCGCGACCAUGUGGACUGCGACGAGGACGAGGACGGCGACGGCGACAACGAAGGCAGCGGCGGUGACGGCGACGGCGGCGGCGGCGAUGAGGACGUUGGUAAUGAUGAUGAGUCUGACGGUGUUGUUGAUGAUUGUGGCGACAACCGCCUCGGGGCCUGGCUCCGAGAUGGACAUCAAAGCUGGAGUUGAGACCAGCUUGGCCAAACCGACCACGCUCUCCUGCUGCCGGCUGAGAGCCGGGGUCACAGAGAUUCCCUCUAACAUCUCGAGCGACACCCGAUGCCUGGAAAUUAGGCAGACGCAGAUCAGAGUGAUUCCGCAGGGCGCAGUCAGCUACCUGAAGUUCCUCAAGAUACUUGUCAUAGUGGAGAACGACAUGCUGGAGAGCGUCGCGGCGUUUGCUUUCACCAACCUCCCUCAGCUCUCUGAUAUCUUCAUCUCUGAAAAUAAAGCUUUGAAAAGAAUCGGGGCUUUUGCUUUCUCCGAUCUCCCCGGACUCAUUCAGAUAACCGUAUCAAAGUCGCAAGAACUGAGUUACAUCGAUCGGGAUGCAUUCAGGAACCUAAUAAAACUGCAGUAUCUGACCAUCUCCAACACCGGACUCAAAAUGAUUCCGGACUUCAGCAAGAUCCACUCCAUGGCCUACAACUUUAUUGUCGAACUGCAGGAGAACAGCAAGAUCGCGAGAGUCCACGCCAAUGCCUUCAGAGGCCUCUGCACUCAAACUAUCAGGGAGAUACGGCUCCCCAGAAAUGGCAUCAAGGAGGUGGCGAGUGACGCCUUCAACGGCACGAAGAUGUACAGAUUGACCCUAAAAGGCAACAAUCUGCUUACUCGCAUCAGUCCCGACGCCUUUGUGGAUUCCAGUGACUUGGUGGCACUGGACAUCUCCCUGACUGCCCUCAGCUCCCUGCCGGACUCCAUCCUCGGUGGACUCCAGAGGCUGAGCGCAGAGUCUGCCCUCCAACUGAAAAAGCUUCCCAAUCUGCAGCUCUUCACCAACCUGAACCACGCCAGGCUGACGUACCCGUCCCACUGCUGCGCCUUCCAGAACGCACACAGGAACAGGUUGAAGUGGAAUCCCCUGUGCUCGCACCCCGAAGCUCUGGACCACACCAACUUCUUCAGAGACUACUGCCACAACUCCACGUCCAUCACCUGCAGCACGAUGCCAGAUGAGUUCAACCCCUGUGAGGACAUCAUGUCCACCGUCUUCCUGAGGGUCCUCAUCUGGAUCAUCUCUAUCCUCGCGCUGCUGGGGAACAGCCUGGUUCUCCUUGGGUUAUUAGGCAACCCCUCCAAACUGACCGUUCCUCGUUUCCUCAUGUGUCACUUGGCCUUUGCCGACCUCUGCAUGGGGAUCUACCUGAUCGUCAUAGCCAGCGUAGACGUGCUCACCCGCGGCCGAUAUUACAACUACGCCAUGGACUGGCAGAAGGGCCUGGGCUGCCCCUCCGCGGGCUUCAUUACGGUGUUUGCCAGCGAGCUGUCGGUGUUCACAUUAACAGCGAUCACCCUGGAGCGCUGGCACACCAUCACGUACGCUCUGCGGCUGGACCGCAAGAUCCGCCUGAGACACGCGUGUAUCGUCAUGACGGCCGGCUGGAUCUUCUCAUCUCUUGCCGCGUUGCUGCCCACACUCGGGGUCAGCAGCUACAGCAAGGUGAGUAUCUGCCUGCCCAUGGACGUGGAGUUACUGGAGUCUCAGGUCUUUGUUGUGUCCCUGCUCCUCCUCAACAUCCUGGCCUUCUUCUGCGUGUGUGGCUGUUACCUCAGCAUCUAUCUGACUGUCCGCAACCCCUCGUCGGCGCCGGCCCACGCCGACACUCGCGUGGCCCAGCGCAUGGCCAUCCUCAUCUUCACUGACUUCAUCUGCGUGGCCCCCAUCUCCUUUUUUGCCAUCUCCGCCGCCCUCAAGCACCCUCUCAUCACCGUGUCAGACUCCAAACUGCUGCUGGUCUUCUUUUACCCGAUCAACUCGUGCGCCAACCCCUUCAUGUACGCCUUCUUCAACCGCUCCUUCAGGCGGGACUUCUUCCUCCUUGCGGCGCGCUUCGGCCUGUUCAAGGCCCAGGCGCAGAUUUACAAGACGGAGAGUUGUCCUGUCAGUAGCCGGCGGGGAAAACAAAGAGCAGUCACGAUAACACGUACAAAUGGGGAGCAAAAACAACCUGUAGCAUUUUGAAAGAGAGUCUGCAAUUCUUGUUUUUGCUCACCAUUCCAUGGGAUUUGGUCAACAUCAUGUUAUAGUUUUUUGUUUUUUUAAUGCAUCUCAAAUAUGUUGCCAAUAUCCUUAGCCGGAAAAUCAGCCGCUGACUCUUUAGACUCAACAUGUGCACCACAACAAUUCUACCAUGUGACACGUCUGUCGCAAAACCAUGUGACCAAUGGGUCACAUCUACUCUUAGUACAAUAGCAAGUAAAGAUCAUCAGAAACAACUGCAGAGAAAAAAUCUAUGUCAAAUUGCUGUCCUAUAUAAUUCCUUGUUUGUUUUGGCUUGAUUGGAGUGCCAGGUGGGUGGGGUUUAUGCAUCAUAACGACAUACGGUAGAUCUCAAAAAGUGGUAACCUCUUGCAGCCACACUUUAUUUUCUUUUGCUUAGGCAGCUGUUUAGACUGAACUUGAUUCCAAUCAUUUCUUGGACACAUUAUACAUACAUGCUUCUUGUUUCAAACAUUUAGUUGAGUACAAAUAAUUUACGGGACCCAUGGGUUUUGUUUCACAUACACAUACUUGUUUGACAGUGCCAAUGUAUCUUUUUGUAGUGCCACUACAUUCUUUCUUUCUAAAAUCUUCUUCCUUUGAGCUCACCAGUGUCCGAGGUUAAGGGUGGGUCCCUCGACACCCAGUGUAGACGCACAUCUCGGGUUUAUCGAGCGCUGGUGCUUCGAAGCCGUGCUCCGGAGCCUCACUUGAAGUGACGCUGUCAUGUGACCUGUGGGAAACGAGGCUUUGUUUCCUCACUGAAGCGUCAUGCAGGGUUCAAAAAUACAAGGCGCGUCAAUUGCGCCGUCCCAUAGCAGGUUCAUUAAAUGUUAUUGUUAUAUAUCCCAUGCCUUUAUGUUACAUAUUUUUUGCUGUGUUGUGUAUUUUUGUUCAUGAAACACUACUAAUAAAAACAAUGAUGACCCUG